UUCUACAGUGAUGGGAGUGAGCAAUUCCUUGCCUGAUUAGCUUUAGUGAAUCUGACGAUGAAUCAUUAACUACACUUCUAAUCUUCUCAGGUUAAGUCAGAGCGGUGAUCUGCGUGGCUUAAGUUUGCUUACAGUUUAGCAUCGACUAAGACGUGAUCGGUGUUUGAAGUUGCGUUAUGACUGUGAGGUUUUUGUCACUUCAGACGCUGACAUUUGCUGAGGUAGCUUAAUGGCAGAAUGUUCCGGAAGGCUUCAUGCAGCAACGUUUACAGAUAUCACUGACUGAGUUCUGGUCUAUGUACCUAAACGAUGAGCUACCUGGUCCACACGGCCCACUGGCAGUUCUUUGGUUUGGUGCUGUCAGUAGUAGGAUUCAUCCUGACAGUUGCCACAAGUGGAGUGGAUGACUGGAGAGUGUGGUAUGUAGACGACAAGUCUAUCAUCACCUCUGGCAUGGCCUGGAUCGGCACCUGGAGGGCUUGUUUUUAUAGCAACGUCCUCGAAACGGCUAAGUUUUGCCGAAGGAUAAACAUCAGAGACUCGUUCGUUCCUCCAGAGAUUGCUACGGCACAGGUGCUGUGUAUGAUGGCCAUCCCUGUGGGAAUCGCUGCAAACCUGGUUGCAGGAUACGCCGUGAGACUUGUCUACUUCAACAUCGAUGGCGGGCACGUCAGACUUUUCUUCUCCUCGGCAGGUGCUUUGAAUUUCCUCACCUCGACGUGCUCGCUAAUUCCUGUUUGUUGGAACACGAGGUCAGUGCUGGAGAAUCGUACAAUCGAUUUCCCGCCAGAGUUUCUUCUACCUCCGGCACCGUAUAAACAGGAGCUUGGCCUGGGCAUCACAACAGGAAUUGGCUCUUCUGUUUUGCUCAUUAUAAGUGGGCUGCUCUUCCUGGCCUACAGCCAAACACAUCAAUCUAAAUCUAGCAAACACGGCGCAGAAGGGACUGAGGAGAAAAACCGAGGAGACACAAACCUCAGAACUGCUGCUCUGGACACUAAUAGUGUGAGAAAAGGGACAGAUAACUUAGCAUUAAAGCUAGAGGACAAGCUGUAAUGUAGAUUUCUGGACAUUUAGGAAAUAAUCUGUGCCAUCUAGUCUCCUCGGAGUCAAUUCAAAACCAUGGAAUGUAGUGCUGUUUUAACAUGUUUACCUUACACUUCCCAACCAAUCAGAUUUCACUCCACCCUGUCGCAUGGUUCUAUGCCAUUAGAUAUCAGAUGUGCUCUUUACCUUUCAACAGCUCCCACUUCUGUUCAUGGUUUAUCCUAUACACUAUAUACACUAAUAUACACUAAACAGGAUUAUGAAUUAGAUAUGCAAUGCACACUAAGGAAAUUCAGCAUUUCUUGCAUCCGAUUUAUGUUAUUAAUCCAUUUCUUUGAGCAUUUUGUUUUGUCUAUGAAGUUGACAAGUGAGGCUUUUAGCACUUUCAGGGCUGCUACUGUGUUGCAAAAUUGUAGGAUGUGCCUUUACAGUUGUGUGCAGAGGUGCUUAGUUUAACAGGACUAAAACAUCCUCUACGUUCUUUCCUAUGAAUGAUGUUGGUUGACCCAAAAUAUAGUAACGGGUUAAAUGAAAAUACACAAAGCAUGCUGGACUAAUUGUGUUUGACAGUGUACAGUGAACAGAGCAUUGUGAAAAGGAUGUCUUUUAAAGGAUGCGUUUCGAAUAAGCAUUGAAUGAAAGUGUAUUAUACCACACCACAAUGCUGCUGAAUUCUCUAAUCUGAUUGGUCAGAAGGUGUUAAUCUACAGCAGCUCACGCAGUAAUUCUAGCUGCAGGCCAAGUCACAGGUUUGUACAAUUGUUGGUGAAGUUUUCCAGUUUAUUUACCAUUUAGAGAAGGAGACUCCAGUGUCAGUGCUUUUUAACAUAACUCUAAGAGAGAGAGAAAGACAGAAAAAAGAGAGAGAGAGGCUCAUAAAGAAAUGACUGUUUGUACCUGCUCUCACAUAAGUGUUAACAGUAAGUACGUC